CUAAAGCAGUGCGGGUUCGGCGGUGGAAGCCGUGGGGUGGUGGGGUGAGGUGGGUGCCCAAGUGGGGUUCCCGGAGCCAUGGCUUGCUCCAUUGUCCAGUUCUGCUACUUCCAGGACCUCCAGGCCGCCCGGGACUUCCUCUUCCCUCAUCUGCGGGAGGAGACCCCCUGCGGCGCCGUGCGCAGGGACCCCAGUAAAUCAAACUGGGAAGAUGAUGGUUGGGGAGCAUGGGAAGAAACAGACCCCCAAGAACCUGAAGAAGAAGGAAAUACGUGCAAAACACAAAAAACUUCCUGGCUGCAAGAUUGUGUUUUAUCCCUGUCUCCAACCAAUGAUCUUAUGGUUAUAGCUCGAGGGCAAAAAGCGGUUUUUCUUGUGCCAAAAUGGAAAUACAGCGAUAAAGGAAAGGAAGAAAUGCAAUUUGCCGUUGGCUGGAGUGGUUCUUUAAACGUCGAAGAAGGAGAACAUGUAACCAGUGCUCUGUGUAUCCCACUAGCAAGCCAAAAGAGGAGUUCCACAGGGCGUCCUGACUGGACCUGCAUUGUGGUGGGCUUUACUUCAGGUUAUGUCCGCUUCUACACGGAGAAUGGUGUGCUCUUGCUUGCACAGCUUCUGAAUGAAGACCCAGUACUACAGCUGAAGUGCAGGACCUAUGAAAUCCCACGACAUCCUGGCGUGACCGAACAGAAUGAAGAGUUGAGUAUCUUAUAUCCAGGUGCCAUUGUGACUAUUGAUGGAUUUAGCCUUUUUCAGUCUCUUCGUGCUUGUCGAAAUCAGGUAGCAAAAGCUGCGGCAUCGGGCAAUGAGAACAUACAGCCUCCACCGUUAGCUUACAAGAAAUGGGGUCUCCAAGAUAUUGACACUAUUAUUGAUCAUGCUAGUAUUGGUAUUAUGACUUUGUCCCCUUUUGACCAAAUGAAGACUGCCUCCAAUAUAGGUGGAUUUAACGCAGCAAUUAAAAACAGUCCACCCGCCAUGUCUCAGUAUAUCACUGUCGGGUCCAAUCCAUUUACCGGCUUCUUCUAUGCUUUAGAGGGAAGCACCCAACCAUUACUGUCUCAUGUGGCGCUGGCGGUCGCAAGUAAACUCACUUCUGCUUUAUUUAAUGCUGCCAGUGGUUGGCUUGGUUGGAAAAGCAAGCACGAAGAAGAAGCAGUGCAGAAGCAAAAGCCAAAGGUGGAGCCAGCCACCCCGUUAGCUGUCAGAUUUGGACUUCCAGAUUCUAGACGCCAUGGUGAAAGUAUAUGUCUGUCUCCAUGUAACACACUGGCAGCAGUAACAGAUGAUUUUGGCAGAGUAAUUUUAUUGGAUGUAGCUAGAGGAAUUGCAAUACGCAUGUGGAAAGGGUAUCGCGAUGCACAGAUUGGUUGGAUCCAAAUUGUAGAGGACCUCCAUGAAAGAGUACCAGAAAAGGCGGAUUUUUCCCCCUUUGGAAAUACUCAGGGUCCAAGCCGAGUAGCGCAGUUCCUUGUGAUCUAUGCACCAAGAAGGGGAAUCUUAGAAGUGUGGAGCACACAGCAGGGACCUCGAGUAGGAGCUUUCAACGUGGGAAAGCACUGCAGGCUUCUGUAUCCUGGCUAUAAAAUAAUGGGCUUAAAUAAUGUUACCAGUCAGAGUUGGCAGCCACAGACUUACCAGAUCUGUCUUGUUGAUCCAGUGUCUGGAAGUGUGAAAACAGUAAAUGUUCCUUUCCAUUUAGCACUGAGUGACAAGAAGUGUGAACGAGCCAAGGACAUGCACCUAGUGAAGAAGCUGGCUGUCCUGCUGAAAACAAGACCUCCUAACCUCGAUUUGGUUGAAACACAAAUAAAGGAAUUAAUUCUUGAUAUUAAGUAUCCUGCAACCAAGAAACAAGCUUUGGAAAGCAUUUUGGCAAGUGAACGAUUACCAUUUUCCUGCCUUAGAAACAUCACUCAGACUUUAAUGGACACUUUAAAAAAUCAAGAGCUUGAGUCUGUUGACGAAGGAUUGCUACAGUUCUGUGCCAAUAAACUGAAAUUACUCCAUCUUUAUGAGUCUGUCUGUCAGUUAAAUUCCCUUGAUUUUCAUUCAGACGCACCAUUCUCGGAUAAUGACUUGGCUGUGUUACUGAGGCUUGAUGACAAAGAACUGCUUAAGCUCCAGGCAUUACUAGAGAAGUACAAAGAGGAAAAAACCAGGACUGCUACAGUCCGAUUUUCUGACGAUAAGGAUGGUGUGUUACCUGUAAAAACAUUCCUGGAAUAUUUAGAAUAUGAGAAGGAUGUGAUCAACAUAAAGAAGAUAAGUGAAGAGGAGUAUGUGGCUUUAGGUAGUUUCUUUUUCUGGAAGUGUUUGCAUGGAGAAAGCUCUACCGAGGAUAUGUGUCACACUCUGGAGUCAGCUGGACUUAGCCCUCAGCUGUUGUUGUCUCUGCUCCUGAGUGUUUGGCUAUCUAAGGAGAAAGAUAUUUUGGAUAAACCACAGUCUGUGUGCUGUCUUCAUACGAUGCUGUCCCUUCUGAGCAAGAUGAAAGUGGCCAUUGAUGAGACCUGGGAUUCCCAGUCUGUAUCUCCUUGGUGGCAGCAGAUGCGCACGGCUUGUAUUCAGUCUGAGAACAACGGAGCUGCUCUGUUGUCUGCACACGUUGGGCAUUCCGUUGCCGCACAGAUCUCGAACAGUAUGACUGAGAAAAAAUUUUCCCAAACAGUUUUGGGUGCUGAUUCUGAGGCCCUCACCGAUUCCUGGGAGGCCCUUUCUCUGGACACUGAAUACUGGAAGCUUCUGCUGAAACAACUGGAGGACUGUCUCAUACUUCAGACUUUACUUCACAGCAAAGCAAACUCGUCAACCUCCAAAGUGUCGUCGCUACAGGCUGAGCCACUCCCGAGGCUUUCUGUCAAAAAAUUACUGGAAGGAGGAAAAGGUGGCAUUGCAGACAGCGUAGCCAAGUGGAUAUUUAAACAGGACUUCAGCCCUGAAUUAUUAAAACUGGCUAAUAAGGAAGGAGAUGCAGAAAACCCAGAUGAACCCAAAGAAGGUAUUAACAGAGGUUUACUUGAAGUGUCAGAGAUGGACAUGAACCUAGGAGCUAUACCAGACUUGCUGCAUUUAGCCUAUAAGCAGUUUCCGUGUAGCCUUGAGCUAGACGUGCUGCACGCACAUUGCUGUUGGGAGUAUGUUGUGCAGUGGAAUAAAGAUCCAGAGGAAGCACGUUUUUUCGUUAGGUCAAUAGAACACUUGAAGCACAUUCUUAAUGCACAUGUUCAGAAUGGCAUUGCUCUGAUGAUGUGGAAUACAUUCUUGGUGAAAAGGUUUUCUGCUGCUACAUACUUGAUGGAUAAGGUUGGAAAAUCACCAAAGGACAGGCUAUGCCGAAGGGAUGUGGGGAUGAGCGACACAGCAGUGACCUCUUUCCUUGGCUCCUGCUUGGAUCUUCUUCAGACUUUGAUGGAGGUAGAAGAGGCCGACGUUAGCCGGGAUGAAAUGCAAGCGCCUGUCCUGGAUACGGAGGACGCAUGGCUCACGGUCGAAGGACCGACCUCCAUAGUGGAGCUGGCCCUGGAGCAGAAGCACAUCCACUACCCGCUGGUGGAGCACCAUUCCGUCCUCUGCUCCAUCCUCUAUGCCGUUAUGAGGUUUUCUCUGAAGGCCGUGAAGCCACUGUCACUCUUCGAUAGUAAGGGGAAAAAUGCUUUCUUUAAAGACCUAACUUCAAUUCAGUUAUUACCUAGUGGGGAAAUGGAUCCAAAUUUUAUUUCUGUACGACAACAGUUCUUGCUGAAAGUCGUUAGUGCGGCCGUCCAGGCUCAGCAUUCCGUCGUGAAGGACAGAGAGUCCUCAGAAGAAGCAGCGACCACUCCUUUUGGGAAAGACCAAGAUUGGCCAGUUCUAGCUGUGGAUUUGGCUCAUCACCUUCAAGUUAGCGAAGAUGUGGUUCGAAGGCAUUAUGUGGGGGAGCUCUACAACUACGGUGCGGACCAUUUAGGAGAAGAGGCCAGUCUCCAGGUUCACGACAAGGAGGUCCUCGCCUCGCAGCUGCUGGUGUUAACAGGGCAGAGGCUGGCUCACGCGCUCCUGCACACCCAGACUCGAGGGGGAAUGGAGCUGCUGGCCAGACUUCCCCCCACGCUCUGCACUUGGCUGAAAGCCAUGAACCCCCAAGAUCUUCAAAACACAGAAGUGCCAAUUGCAACGACAGCUAAACUAGUAAAUAAAGUCAUCGAGCUUUUACCAGAAAACCACGGGCAGUAUAGUUUAGCCUUACACCUCAUUGAAGCUGUGGAAGCCGUAUCUAUCCCUUCUUUAUGACACCUACCAAAAACGGUCUCAGAUUGUGUGACUAGAACAUGAAUUAGUGCAUGGUAAUUUUACAUAGUAAUAAGAUCUGGAAUUUUAUGGAGGGAGUAUGUCUUUUUUCUUUUGUAAAAUGAAUAAAAAUACAUA